AUGCCGACCAACCAGCUGCCGUCCUGGGUGCAGGCCGCCAUGGAGCAGGAGAAGCUUUCUCAGCCUUGGCGGCAGCAUGCCGGUGCCAGUGAGCGCGACGACCCUGACUUUGCUCAGUCACGCGACACCGUCACCUUCUACGAUGACAAGAUCAAAGUCUGCUACGGCGAGGGCUCCAUGGCCGCCUAG